AAUAAUUAAGUCACUAAAAUAUUAAUACCUCCAAUGUUUUAGUAGCAAACAUAUUUAGUAUACAUAUAUAUACACCAUCUUGUUCUUCUAUACUUCUACAGUUCUACAUAUACACACCAUUAGGGAGAAAGAUAAAAAAUACUUAACCAUUAACACAUUCCACAAACAUGGCAAAGCUCAUCCUCAUCAUCGUCUCCCAAAUCCUUCUUUUCGUAUCCCUUGUCUCCGCUGGAAACGGCGAAAACUUUGCAAAAACCAUUGACAAAAAGCUCCACGGCCUCCGUAAGGAGAAACUGACUCAUUUCCGUGUCUACUGGCACGACAUUCUGAGCGGCUCAAACCCUAGCGCGGUGGUGAUCAACCCUCCUAUCUCCAACUCUUCCUUCUUCGGAUCGGUCACUAUGAUCGAUAACCGAUUGACGACGGAGGUCGCGGUGAAUUCGACUCUAGUGGGUCAGGCGCAAGGGAUCUACGCUGCCACUGGUCAACGUGAUGCGUCUGCGCUUAUGGUGAUGAACUUUGCGUUCAAGACAGGCAAGUAUAACGGAAGUACGAUCUCGAUUCUUGGUCGGAACGCUGUAUUGACCAAGGUUAGGGAGAUGCCGGUGAUUGGAGGAAGUGGACUCUUCCGGUUCGCUAGAGGUUAUGUAGAGGCUCGGACCAUGUGGUUUGAUCAAAAGUCAGGAGAUGCUACGGUUGAGUACAGCUGUUAUGUCUUGCAUUAUUGAUGAAUAUGUCUCUUUUUGUAUGUUUAGUUAAAGUUUUUUUAUGUCGGCUUUUGCCUGCUUAAAGUGAUGGAUGAUUGUUGAGUGAUAUUUAUGUCUUUUAAUAAAUUUUGAUACCUUUCUUGUUUUGUUUUUUGA